AUGGAGCCGGAAUCCGGUGCGGCGGCGGCGGGCAGCUUCAUCUCCCUGAGCGAGCACGAGCAGCGGUUCUACGCCGGGCUGCACAGCCGGUGCCAAGCCGACGCCUCCGGGACGCUGUCGACCGGCAAAGUGUCGGAGCUGCUGGCGGCGUCGCAGCUGCCGCCGGAGUCCCUGCGCAGGGUGACGGAGCUCUGUGGAGCGAAGCGUCUCGGCUUCUUCAACACGCCGCAGUUCUUUGUGGCCCUGAAGCUGCUCGCAGCCGCCCAAUCAGAGCUGCCCAUCCACCUGGAGAGCAUCACGGCCAAUCUUCCGCUGCCCCGGUUCACCGGGCUGAAGAACGAGCCGGAGAUGCGAUACGCUGUCGUCCCGCCGAGUGCCGACGGCCAGGGGGCUCAGACCGGGACCGGGACCGGGACCGGGACCGGAUCCGUCUCCUGGACUCCAGCGGACCGGAGACACCCGGAGGACCACGUGGACAGGAAGGAACCGCGUUCUCCACCUCGAUCCCCAUCGGCGUACCGAUGCUACCCGUACGGCCAGCAGAGGACCGACGCCCUGACCGCCUAUGAGAGCAGGCCGUCCUCUCGGUCCAUGGUUCCCCCAGAGCAGAACUCCUCUCCGGGCCGCUACGGGAGCAGAGCCGCGACGAGGACCUCCUCGUCGGAGAGGCUGGACCAGCAGGGCCUCGUGGACUCUCCUGACGACGCCCCCUGGAGGAUCACAGAGGAACAGCUGGAGUAUUACACCAAUCAGUUCAGGAGCCUGCAGCCCGACCUGGGGGCUCUCAUCCGGGGAACCAUCGCCAAGAACUUCUUCACCAAAUCUAAGCUCCCCAUUCCAGAACUUUCCCACAUUUGGGAGCUGAGCGACGUGGACCGAGACGGAGCGCUCAGCUUCCCCGAGUUCUGCGUGGCGUUCCACCUCAUCGUGGCGCGUAAGAACGGGUUCCCCCUCCCGGAGCGCCUCCCCCCCACGCUGAGGACCGGCCUCCUGCAGUCGGACCGGGACCAGGACUCGCCGGACACCCCCGAGAGUCUGGAGCCGCUCAUCGUGUUCGAGGAACCGAGUCCCGCGAAUCGGAGCGCCGUCGAGCGUCUCCAGCCAGAUCCGACCUCAACGACCCGGGAUGUGAAAGAGGAAUCACGUAAACAAGACGUCGGCGUGAAGACGGCGAUGUCGUCUGCAGAGAAACGGAUUCUCCAUCUCGGGGCCUUCACCGAGCGGCCAGAGCCUCAGGACCUGGACCCACACAUGAGGACGAGAACUAGACCGAGGUCCUACUCCAGCACCUCUGUAGAAGAUGCAAUGAAGAAGGCAGAGGAGCCUCCCACCCCCCCACCUCGACCCCAGAAGACCCACUCCAGAGCCUCCUCGCUGGACCUCAACAAGCUCUUCCAGCAGGGAACUCCAGGCAUAAAGAGCGGAUGGCUGCCGCCUCCUCCUGCCCUCCCUCCUCGACCAUCAACCUCACAGGUUUCUCACUUCAUCGUCGGCGUUUCAGAGAAAACUCCCCAGAAAAAAGUGCAGCAGCCAAACUUUGCUGACUUCAGUCACUUCAGAGAAGAGGAGGAGAGCGGCGUGAAACCAGAGGAUCGGGGUCCGCGCUCGAGACUCGGUCCGAGCUCCGAAGACCUGGAGACCGCUUCCAAACAGGUCCCCGACGUGGUUUCUCUCAGCCAGGCGCCACAGAAGCCGGUCCGCAGGAAGUACCACGCGGAGAGCCAGAACCUGGAGACCACGCCCACCAAACCUGCUCAGAAGCCGCCGUCCAAACAGAAGCGUGAGAUCCAGACGGCGAUCCGUAAAAACAAGGAGAGCAACGCCGUGCUGACGCGCCUCAACAGCGAGCUCCAGCAGCAGCUCAAGGUGGUUCACCAGGAGAGGGUCACCUUGGAGACCCAGCUGGAGCUCCAGCGGCCUCUGGCCUCCACGUGACGGCGCUGGGAGUCCGGUUCGAGUCCCGUUUCUGUAAAACGGGAACGUUCUUGGUCAGAAGGGUCGACGACG